UCCCGUCGGUACUGUGAGCAGUUCAGCGAGGCGGGCUGUUCAAACAGUGGCUAGUAGAAAAUUAGCGAAAUGCUAAAGCUACACUGCUAAAACCUCACCGCUGAAAGAGUUUAAUGGUGUUUUUAUUGGCACUGGAAAUGUUUUAAGUUGGUAUUUGGAUGAAAAAUUGGGGUUAAAGUCAAACAUCUAGGUAAACUUUUGUUUUUCUGUCGGUUAAUCAGUUAUUUAGCGUUAGCUAGGUUAGCUAACUAGUUAGCUUAGCUUAGCUUUGCAAGUUAUAAAUAGGUUAACUACUGGGUUAGCUGUAUUUUUUUAACAGGCAACACUGCCUAAAAUAACUUAUAUUAACUUAAUUUAAAUAUAUAUCUCUCCUGUUUUAGUUCUACAUUUAAAAACAGGUAAAGUUAGCUUUUAAAUAUGUGGGACCCCACUCCGUACUCUGUGACUCCAGCAGCAAGAGUCUUAUCCAGGUGUGUUCACUCCGGCACAAUGUCUCAGAAAGAACUGGAUGCUGUACCACGAAAAUCUGAGGUGUUCUCCUCUCACCUGCUGGAAGCGGAGCAGCUCAACAGAAUGAAGCAAGAAAUUGACCAGGUGAGUUUGGAUUUGGAGCUGCUGAGACUGGAGAAAAGCACUGCAGACGUGACCCAUAAUCAUUAUCUUAGCCAGUGGUUUGCGUCAUUGCAGGAGUUCACUUCACACCUUCAGGACGUCUUGAAACAACAAACUAGUUUGCAGCAAAGGCUCAUGAAACCUAUUUGUCAGCAGAACCUGCCUGUUCAGGCCAAUCUUCACAGGUAUGUGGUCGAGCUCAUGGGGAUGAUUGUGGAGUUCAUUGAAAACCUGGAAAUGAAAAUAAAGAUAGUCCGCUCAAUUCCAGCCACUGAGGAAUCUCUGAUUAAUCUGAACAAUGCCAUGACGCAGCUCCUCGCUCAGGUCACAGAGGUCGAGAGUCUGACCAAGCAAGUUCUUCAGAGGCAGGACCAGUCAAAGGAAGAUAUCAGUGAUGCGUCUAGUUAAGAGAACGAUAGUCAUUCCUUUAUUCUAAAGGUGUUUUCACGCCUGUAAUUCGCUUCUCUGGAUCAAAUCAGUAAAUGAGUUCAACUUGCAGCAUUUUCACUAUUGGAUUGAUUUCAUAUAAGGAAAAUUGCAAGUGCAACAAAAUGCAUCACAACAAAUCAUGUGAGCAUGUUGACAUGUUGAGCUUUUUGCACAGACGUGUCUGGGGCUGGUUCAGUGUUUCACAUAUUUCAGUGCCGUUUAUGGAGCAGCAGCAGCAGCAGACAUGGCAUUUAUUCAUUAAUAGCUGUAGUAAUAGAUCAGGUUCAAGUGUUUUUUCGUUGUUGCCUCAGAGCAACAUUAUGCAGCUGAGCACUUUUUUGGGUGAAUAAUGAUAAAGCAGUGGUGGUUAUUAUUGGUUAUUAUUCAAAUAAAAAUAAAAAUCCAUACCAUAGAGGGUUAACUAAAUAACUAAGGGUGCAGAAACCCCUUUUAUUUAAUAUUUGAGUUGUCUGUAAACAUGAAAAUUGUGAUUUAAUAAAUAAUUUCAAUUACAUUUGA